AUGAUUUAUGGAAGAAAUAUUACAGAGAUCACCCAUUUCAUUUUCCUGGGAUUCUCAGAUUUUCCCAGAAUCAUAGCAGGGCUGUAUGCUGUAUUCCUGUUGAUCUACAUUAUGACUCUGACUUGGAACCUGAGCCUGAUCAUCCUAAUAAGAAUCAACUCCCACCUCCAAAUGCCCAUAUACUUCUUCCUUAGUAAUCUCUUCAUAGAUAUCUGCUUUCUGACUUCCACAGCCCCUAACAUGCUGAUGAACUUCUUCCAGGAGCAGCAAACGAUAAUCUUUGUGGGCUGCGCUGUUCAGUACUUUGUCUUUUCAACCACAGAAGUUAGUGAGUCUUUUCUCAUGACAGCCAUGGCUUAUGACGAAUAUGCUGCCAUUUGUAACCCACUUCUCUAUUCAUCAAUCAUGUUGAAUACCCUCUAUGUUUCAAUUGUGCUUGGGUCCUAUUUGGCUGGACUUUCUGUUUCUAUAUCCCAAUUGUGUGCCAUACUUCAGCUCCACUUCUGUGGGCCUAAUGUCAUCCACCACUUCUUCGGUGACAUAUUUCAACUGGUAGUCCUGUCCUGCACUGACACUUUCUUUGUACAACUCAUGAUGGCUAUAUUGACACUGAUCUUUGGAAUAAUAAAUGCCCUAGUUAUCAUUACAUCCUAUGUCUAUAUUGUCUUCUCCAUCAUGAAGAUCACUUUAGCUAAAGACAGGUCCAAGGCUUUCACCACCUGUGCUUUUUAUACCUCGGGUAUGUUUGUCUACUUGAGUUCCAGCUCUGGUGUUUCCUCCAGGUUCAACAGAUUUGCAUUGGUCUUCUACAGUGUGGUGAUUCCCACACUGAAUCCCUUGAUUUAUCUAAGGAACAAGGAAAUAAAAAAUUCCUUGAAAAGGUUGCAAAAGAAGAGAGGGUAUUACUGA